CCCAAUGGCUCCCUAACUAGGCAGGCACUCUGCCAGCUCCUAUAUCGUCUACUCCUCUAAUGAUCAAGCUGCGAAAAGGGUCUGUCACUGCACAGAGAUGCUGCCAGUCAACAUGGAAAACUAGUAGCUCUCUCCCUGGCUACAACUUCCCAGGCGUUUCCAGCAUUGCACCUUGCACCACAGCCUCAGGACCAUGGACAUUGAAGAAUAUUUUGAAAGAAUUGGCUAUAAGAACUCUAGGAACAAACUGGACUUGGAAACAUUAACUGACAUUCUUCAGCACCAGAUCCGAGCUGUCCCUUUUGAGAACCUUAACAUCCAUUGUGGGGAUUCUAUGGAGCUGGACUUGGAGACCAUUUUUGAUCAAGUUGUGAGGAGGAAGCGGGGUGGGUGGUGUCUCCAGGUCAAUCAUCUUCUAUACUGGGCUCUGACCACAAUGGGUUUUCAGACCACCAUGUUGGGAGGAUAUGUUUACAACGCUCCAGCCAACAAAUACAGCAACGGUAUGAUUCACCUUCUACUGCAAGUGACUAUCAGUGGCAAGAACUAUAUUGCUGAUGCUGGAUUUGGACGCUCCUACCAGAUGUGGCAGCCCCUGGAAUUAAUUUCUGGGAAGGAUCAGCCUCAGGUGCCAUGCAUCUUCCGCUUGACAGAGGAGAAAGGCAUCUGGUACCUGGACCAAAUCAGAAGAGAACAACACAUUCCAAACCAAGAAUUUCUUAAUUCUGACCUCCUCGAGAAGAAUAAAUACCGAAAAAUCUACUCCUUUACUCUUGAACCUCGAACAAUUGAAGAUUUUGAGACCAUGAAUACAUACCUUCAGACAUCUCCAGCAUCUGUGUUUACAAGUAAAUCGUUUUGCUCCUUGCAGACACUAGAAGGUGUUCACUGUUUAGUGGGUCUCACCCUCACUUACAGGAGAUUCAAUUAUAAGGACAACACGGACCUGGUGGAGUUUAAGACUCUGAAUGAGGAAGAAGUAGAAGAAGUAUUGAAAACUAUAUUUUGUAUUUCUUUGGAGAGAAAACUAGUACCCAAACAUGGUGAUCGAUAUUUUACUAUUUAGGGGAAGCAGCAGAAUGGUUUUUAAUAACACUUACUUAAACUUUUUGCUAUAAGAAAUUUUAAACAUUCACAAUUAUAGAUAAUAAAAUAAUAAACCUUUGUUUCUUGAUUUCCCAGAUCACCAAUGAUCAACUGAUAACCUAUCAUAACCUUUGUAUCUCCACAUUAUUUUGAAAACCCUAUACAUCAUUUUAUUUCACCUGUAAAAAUGUCAUCAUGUACAAUUAAAUGACUUUUUAAAGAAACCGCCUUCCUUUCAAAAGUAAUCAUAAUAAAAGCAUUUUAU